UGGACACUGGGCUGGAUUCUAGUAUUUUUGGAAAUAAUUACCCUCCAUUGCCAAGAAUCAUAGGCACUUCCUUUUUCCUUGUUACAAGAGAGUCCCAUAUGGAGAUGGGGAUUGUUGACACCAUGAGUCUCUGGGACACUCGGUCUAGGGAGCUGGACAGGUACAUUGAGAACCAUCUCUUGCCUGAUACCACUUUUCGGACAGAGCUCCGAAGUGCAGUCGACACUAUCUCCUCCUUCCUAAAGAACAACUGUUUCCGAGGUACAUGGAAGUCAGUUCAGGUGACCAAGGCUGUGAAGGGAGGUUCGUCUGGUAAAGGCACAGCCCUGAGAGGCCGCUCCGAUGCAGACCUGGUUGUAUUUCUCAGCGAUCUCAAAAGCUAUCGGGACCAGAUAGACCGACGAGGAGAAUUCAUUGAGGAAAUCAAAAAGCGGUUGAAAGAAUGUGAGCGUGACCAACACAGAAUGUUUCAAGUAAAAUUUGAGGUUAACGAGGUCAACAAAUGGACUAACCCUCGAGUGCUCAGCUUCAGGAUGACGUCGAAAAAGAUCAGUCAGUGGGUGGAAUUCGAUGUGCUUCCAGCCUUCGAUGUUUUAGGCCAGGUGACCAAAGACUUCAGACCCAACCCCCAGGUCUACAUCCAACUUAUAAAUGAAUGCUGGGAUGGGGGAGAAUUCUCCACCUGCUUCACAGAGCUCCAGAAGCGCUUCCUCAAACAGCGCUGCACCAAGCUGAAAAGUCUGAUCAGACUGGUGAAACACUGGUACAAAAUGUGCAAGGAGCAAAUGGACAAACUCCCCCCUCAGUAUGCCCUAGAGCUCCUGACUGUCUAUGCCUGGGAGCAUGGGAGCAAGAAAACUGAUUUCAACACAGCUCAGGGCUUCCGGACAGUUCUGUAUUUGAUCGAGCACUACCGAGAGCUCAUGGUCUACUGGACCGUCAACUAUGACUUUCAGGAUGUGAUCAUUGGAAAUUACCUGCAAUCACAGCUGAAAAAACCCAGGCCAGUCAUCCUGGACCCAGCUGACCCAACUGGUGAUGUAGGGGGUGGAAGUCGAUGGCGCUGGGACAAGCUGGCACAAGAAGCUCAUCUAUGGUCAUCUGCCCCAUGCUUUCAAAAUUGGGAUGGGACCUGGGUGCAGCCGUGGCAUGUGCCGGUGGAGCAGACCUUGAAAGGAAGCAAGGGCUUUUCCCCAUCAGAAGAGGCCUUCUCCACUGGAUAUCCAGCGCUACUGGAAAGGUGCGAUUGUUAUCGCCAAAGAGACCCUCCUGCCCAAGAGGAGUCUAACUGCACAAUUCUCGGGACAAUUUCCUCUUGGAGCCAGCUCAGAACCCUACCUGCUGUAUCUGGAGCCAUGGGUCUGUACCAGACUCCGGGCAGGGCACUGGACAAGUUUGUCCAGGAUUAUCUCAUGCCACAGAAAGGCUUCCUGGAUCAGGUGAGCCAAGCAGUGAACACCAUUUGCAAGGUGCUACGGGAGAAGUGUUUUCAGAACUCCGCCUCCAGGAUCCGGGUGAUGAAAGUCAUUAAGGGUGGCUCCUACGGCCGGGGCACGGCCUUGAGAGGCGGCUCUGACGCUGACCUCAUCGUCUUCCUCAGCUGCUUCAAGGCCUAUGCUGACCAAGGGGCCUGGCAGCCAGAUGGCUUUGCUGAGAUCCGGGCCCAGCUGGAAGCCUGCUGGCAGAAACACCCACAGGCCUUGAUCCUCCAGUUCUGUGCCCAGGGGGAUCCUCGAGCUUUGAGAUUCCGGCUGGGGUCAGCCACACUCCACAGCUGGAUGGAAGUUUCCCUGAGGCCUGCUUUUGAUGCUCUGGGGCCUCUCAACCCUGGCUCCAAACCUAGACCGCAGGUCUACGUAGAUCUCCUAAGCAAUGGCUCUCCAGCAGGCGUCUACUCUGAAUGUUUUACUGAGCUCCAGAGGGAUUUUGUCAACAGCCGCCCCUCUAAGCUAAAGAAUCUCAUUCUUCUAAUGAAACACUGGCACCAGCAGGUUACUUCACAGUAUGAAGCAGGCCAACAAGAUGAUAAGCAUUUGCCUUCAGUCUAUGCCCUGGAACUCCUGACCAUCUAUGCCUGGGAGCAAGCAGGCAGGAAGGACAAAUUCCACAUGGCUGAAGGCUUCCUGACAGUCCUGGGCCUAAUCCGGGCCUACCAGCAACUCUGCAUCUACUGGACCGUCAACUAUGACUUUGAGGAUAAAGCCAUCAGGAGCUGCCUACAAAAGCAUCUGGGGAAGCCUAGGCCCCUGAUCCUGGACCCAGCAGACCCAACCUGGAAUGUGGGCCAGGGGAGCUGGGAGAGGCUGGUCCAGGAAGCUGAAACCUGUGGUUGUCAGCCCUGCUUUGUGAAUGGGGAUGGGUCUCCAGUGCAACCAUGGGAUGUGAUGCCAGCUCUGCUUCAACAAACUCCAUCCUGGGACCUGGACAAUUUCAUCAGUAAAUUCCUCCAGCCCAACCGAGAAUUCCUGGGUCAGGUGAGCAGAGCUGUGGACAUCAUCUGCUCAUUUCUGAAAGAAAACUGCUUCCGGAAUUCAUCCACUAAGGUGCUCAAAGUAGUCAAGGGAGGCUCCUCGGGCAAGGGCACCGCCCUGAGGGGCCGCUCCGACGCCGACCUCGUGGUGUUCCUCAGCUGUUUCCGUGGAUUCACCGACCAAGGGGCUAACCGCGCGGAAAUUAUCGCAGAAAUCCGAGCACAGCUGGAAGCCUGCCGGCGGGAGAAGCAAUUUGACGUCAAAUUUGAGAUCUCCAAGUGGGAGAAUCCCCGGGUGCUCAGCUUCACGCUGACGUCCAAGACCCUGGACCACAGCGUGGACUUCGAUGUGCUUCCUGCCUUCAAUGCUUUGGGUCAGUUGAGCUCAGGCACAAAACCUGAUACCCAGGUCUACAUUGAUCUCAUCGACAGCUACAAUAAUGGAGGUGAAUUCUCCUCCUGCUUCACAGAACUGCAGCGAGAUUUUGUUAUCUCUCGCCCCACCAAGCUGAAGAGUCUGAUCCGCCUGGUAAAGCACUGGUACAAACAGUGUAUGAGAGCUCCCAAAGGGAGAGGAGCGCUUCCCCCACAGUAUGCACUUGAGCUCUUGACCAUCUAUGCCUGGGAACAGGGGAAUGGGACAUCUCAGUUCAACAUGGCUGAAGGCUUCAGGACAGUCCUGGAAUUGGUCCAGAAUUACAAGAACCUCUGUAUCUACUGGAAGGUCAACUAUGAUCCUGAUAAUGAGAUCAUCAAAAAUUUCCUGACUCAGCAACUCCGGAAACCCAGGCCAAUCAUCCUGGAUCCUGCUGACCCAACUGGGAAUCUGGGCCAUGGCACCCGCUGGGACCUAUUGGCAAAGGAAGCUGCCUCCUAUGCAAAUUCUGUAUGCUGUGCAAACAAGUCUGGGGACUUUGUCCAACCCUGGGCAUUGAAGGUCUCUUCAUGAACCUGGAAUAUCCUGCCUCUGAACCCCAAGUUCUUCAUCAUGUGGACAGCCUGCAGAGCUGAGAUGCAAGAUCUUCUGCUAGAUGUGUGCAUAUAAAAACCCAGCCCUAGCCACCUCUCCAUUUCCCCCAGGGACUGUCUUAACUGGCUUAUUCUCCCUUUGAGCACUGUUGCCGACCCUUUUCCCAUUUCUCACCCUUUAAGGAUGGUCCUUACCAGUGCUUCGGUCAUCUGUCCUCUAUUUUCUUGUCCACGUUGUCUUCUUCAGACAGUUCAUUCCUUCCCAUGAAGUCAGUUAUCACCUCUGCAGAUGCCACGAGACCACCCAACUCCAGCCCUGAUCUCUGUCCUGAACUUCACCAGGGUGACCCAGCAGUACCUCGAACUCAGCAUACUCAAAGCUGAAUCACAAAUGCCAGACUUGUAGGCACGCAGACCUGGGUUCAAUUCCUUCCUCUGACAUUUUCACUAGCUGCCCAGUUGUGGACAAGUCAUUUCAUUUCUGAGAGAUUCCGUUUCCCUCUCUGUAAAAUGGGGACAAAAUAAUACUUGUAGUACCAUCUUGAGCCGCUAGGUGGCAGAGUGGAUAUAGCGCAUUUCAGGUCUGUAGUCGGAAAGACUUAAGUUCAAAUCCUGCCUCAGGUACUAGCUGUGUGACCCUGGACAAGUCAUUUCACCCUGUUUGCCUCAA